AUGUCUAAACGGAAAAAAAUUGACGACGGAAUAAGCAUUGGCACUCCCACCAUCUCCACAACACCGAUCAGAGAAUUGCAGCGCGACUGUCCUGUGGAUUACAAUAUACAGAAUAACAUUGAGUUUAAGGAUGUUCCACUCAGUUCUAUAUAUUACAGACUGUUUGAAACAAUUGAAAACAACAAAGUUCCACUCAAUACAACUUCACCAUAUCAACAAAUAAGUAUGCUUUCACCACAAACUCCUAGAAACAAAAGAAGAUGUCUCCUUGGUUUGGAUUCGUGGAAAGACCAGGUAGAAGACACACCAAUGCCGACCAGUUGUUUAACCUCAUUAGCAAAGGAUUUACAUCAGAAGAGCUUAAAAUCUAUCAAAUCUAAGGCGCUUCCUCCACGCAGAAAAUCACCUUCUGUACUUAAAGACAUAACUAAUAUAGUCCAUUUGCGUAAAACAAACUCACAUUCACCAUCAAAGAGUGCAUUUGAUGCAUCAACUCAUAGCAUGGGCGAAGAAGAUGAGAUUGUUGGAAAUGAUUUGUUUGGAGAUCACCAACAGGUUUUUGAAUGUAGUUCGCCAGAGAACACUGAUACAGAAGAUGAUGAAUCCGACUUGGAUGAUUCAAUGGAUUCAGAAGGAAAUGUUGUGCUACGUAAUGUUACAACGGAUUAUGGUCGUGUUGGGAAAUUACCUAAACCUACUAAGAUCAAUUUGAAAGACACUGAUUAUAUAGAUGAGGGUGAUCCUGACUAUAAUUGUUCUCAUUGUGGUGCUAUCAUGUGGUAUGGAGAAAGGCUAAAUAAGCGUCGAACUGCAAAGAGUCCAACCUUUUCAUUAUGUUGUAUGCAAGGACAAGUGCAGUUGCCUUUACUGAAGGAACCACCAGCAGUACUAAAGAAGCUUUUGGAAGGGGAUGAUCCACGAAGCCGACAUUUCCAGAAACAUAUAAGACCUUAUAAUAUGGUUUUUUCAUUCACUUCUCUUGGUGGAACAAUAGUGAGGGGGUUGAAAAAGGGUAGAGGACCUGAUAUGUUCCAAUUACAAGGAGAAAACUACCACUUAAUAGGCAAUUUAACUCCACCAGAUGGAAGAGAAGCGAAGUUUGGGCAACUAUACAUAGUUGACACAGAGAAUGAAGUAGAAAACAGAGCUAAAUGUUUAAGCUCUGGAAAGCAGAACAUUGAGGUCAAGAAAAAAGAUAAUCUCAGGAAUGAUAUUAUUGAUGUUUUGAUGAAGAUGUUAAAUGAAGUUAAUCCAUAUGUCAAGCAGUAUAGAUCAGCAAGAGAUCGUUUUAACACUAAUCCUGAAGAUUCUUUUCAUAUGAGGAUUGUUAGUGAGAGGCUAAAGGAUGGAAGGACAUAUAACACCCCCACGGCUGGAGAAGUUGCUGCCCUUAUUCCUGGAGAUUUUAGUCUUGAUAUGGACAGACGGGAUAUUGUUCUACAAAAAAAGUCAGGGAAACUGCUGAGAAUAAGUGAGAUCCAUGCUUCCUACCUUGCACUUCAAUAUCCCCUAUUGUUUACCUAUGGUGAGGAUGGAUUCAGACUCGGUAUUAAGAAGGGAGCAACCAAAAUUACCAAAAAACAGAAGAAGCCUAACAUAAGUAUGCGGCAAUACUUUGCUUUUCGCCUGCAUGAACGUAAGAAUGAGUCUCAUUCCCUUCUACAUUCUAGAAGAUUGUUUCAGCAGUUUGUGGUCGAUGCCUUCACAACCAUUGAGUCUAACCGCCUCAGAUAUCUACGGCAGAACCAGCCAUCUUUGCGAUCUGACAGUUACGACUCCAUUAAAGAGUCUGAGAAUGCAGGCAAGGUUGAUAUGAAUGACCAAGGAUCUGAGUUUACCCUACCAGCUUCUUACGUGGGGAGUCCUAGAUAUAUGAAGAACAUGUACUUAGAUGCUAUGGCGAUUUGUAAGCAUUUUGGAUUUCCAGACUAUUUCAUCACUUUUACAUGUAAUCCAAAAUGGCCGGAGAUCACUAGAUAUGUUAAAGCGAGGAAGCUGAAGGCAGAAGAUAGAUCAGAUAUUGUCUGUAGGAUUUUCAAGAUGAAGCUUGAUUCAUUGAUGGAUACUUUAACCAAGAAGAAAAUUUUGGGAGAAACAUCUUCAUCUAUGUACACUAUUGAGUUCCAGAAGCGUGGUUUACCACAUGCUCACAUUCUCUUAUUCAUGAAAAAGACUAAGCCUACCACAACAGAUGACAUUGACAACAUAAUUUCUGCAGAGAUUCCUAAUAAGAAGGAAGAACCUGAGCUUUACGAGGUCAUUAAGGACAUGAUGAUUCAUGGUCCUUGUGGAGCAGCGAAUAAGUAUUCACCAUGUAUGGAGAAUGGGAGAUGCUCUAAGUCCUAUCCUAAAUCAUUUGUUGAGAACACCUUUGUUAAUAAAGAAGGAUUUCCGGUUUACAGAAGGCGUCAACAGUCCGACAACUUUGUUCUGAAAAAUGGGGUGAAAUGCGACAAUCGAGCUCAUAUUAACGUGGAGUGGUGCAACCAAUCCGGCUCUAUAAAGUACUUAUUCAAGUACAUUAACAAAGGUCAAGAUCGGGUUACAGUUGCCGUUGAACCACCAGAACACAUUGUUGCAAAUGAGCUAGGAGAUGUCGAGAUUACUAAGGAAAAGCUUGACAAGAAAAGGGAUGAACUCAAAGAAUUCUUUGAUUGCAGAUACGUCUCUACAUGUGAAGGAAACUGGAGAAUAUUCAAAUUCCCUAUUCACUAUCGAUCAACUGCAGUAGAGAAGCUUAGUUUUCAUCUCCCCGGAAAACAACUUAUUACUUACAAAGGAAAAGAUAAACUGAUAGCAGUUGUGAGCAGGAAGCUUAUUGAGAAUACAAUGUUUCUAGCUUGGUUUGAGUUGAACAAAAUCGACUCCUUUGCUAGAACAUUGACAUUUGCUCAGAUUCCUAACUUCUAUACUUACGAUAAAAGUAAAAAGAAGUUCAAGAGGCGUAAGAGAGGUUUUAAGCUAGGGAGGAUUAAUUAUGCUCCACGUAACCAGGAAGAUGCUUACUUCUUGCGUGUGCUGUUGAACGUUGUCCGAGGACCGACCAGUUAUGAGGACAUCAAAACUUAUGAAGGUGUUCUAUAUCCGAGCUACAAGGAAGCAUGUUAUGCCCGUGGGUUAUUAGAUGAUGACCAAGAGUACAUUGAUGAUAUAAUGAGAAGAGCUUAUGACAGUACAGCAAGUGAGCUACGUAAAGUAUUUGUUAUGAUGCUUAUGAGUAACACUUUAUCUUCCCCAGAGGUAGUCUGGGAAAGCACUUGGGAGGUAUUGUCUGAAGAUAUUGAACACUAUAGGAGGAAAUAUUUCAAUCGACCAGGUCUACAGCUGAGUGAUGAUGACAAGAAAAGGUUUGCUUUAUUAGAGAUAGAAUCACUAUUGAGGCGCAGUGGUACUUCAUUGGCAAGAUUUAACAGUAUGCCUAAAUUACCAAAGAGAAGUAGUCGUGAUUCUAAUGUCUUGGCAGUGGACGAACUGAGCUACUGUCGUUCUUCUUUGUUGGAAACUCUUGAAAGAGAUAUUCCAAAGAUGACUUUGGAGCAAAGGGAAAUAUAUGACCAGAUUCUUGGAGCUGUUAGUAAAGCUGAUGGUGGAAUGUUUUUUGUGAGUGGUUUUGGUGGAACUGGUAAAACUUUCCUUUGGAAAUUACUUUCUGCAUCUAUCAGGUCUAGAGGAGAGAUUGUUCUAAAUGUGGCUUCGAGUGGCAUCGCAUCUUUGUUGUUGCAAGGCGGUCGAACAGCUCAUUCCAGAUUUGGUAUUCCACUCAGUCCAGACGAUUUUUCUAGGUGUACGAUGAGACAUGGAACAGACCAAUCUAAUUUAGUGAAAGCAUCAUCACUGAUUAUCUGGGAUGAAGCUCCAAUGAUGAGCAAACAUUGUUUUGAGGCUUUGGAUAGAACAUUAUCUGAUAUUCUUGGGAAGCAUGACACACAACCAUUUGGUGGAAAGGUAAUUGUUUUUGGAGGUGAUUUUAGACAAGUCUUGCCUGUUAUUAAUGGAGCUGGUAGAGCUGAGAUUGUGUUGGCUGCAUUGAACUCAUCCUAUCUUUGGAACCACUGCAAAGUUCUUAAGCUCACCCAAAAUAUGCGAUUGCACAAAGGCGGAUUGUCAAUUGAAGAUGCAACCGAGCUCAAGGAGUUUUCGGAGUGGAUAUUAAAAGUUGGUGAUGGUACACUUAAUGAACCUAAUGAUGGUGUUGCAGAGAUUGAAAUCCCAGAAGAAUUUUUGAUAACUGACUUCAAUGAUCCUAUAGAAGCUAUCAGCUCAGCUAUUUAUGGUGAUUCAAGCUCAUUGCAUGAAAACAAAGAGGCUAAAUUCUUUCAAGAGAGAGCUAUCCUUUGUCCAACUAACGAGGAUGUUCAUACAGUUAAUGAAUAUAUGUUGGAUAAGCUACAAGGUGAAGAAAAAAUUUACACAAGUGCUGAUAGCAUUUGUCCUUCUGAUACGAGUUCUGUAAACGACGAAGCUCUUUCUCCUGAUUUUCUAAACACGAUUAAGGUGCCUGGUUUACCAAAUCAUUGUCUUAGACUAAAGGUUGGAUGUCCUGUUAUGAUACUGAGAAACAUAGCGCCUACUGAUGGUUUAAUGAAUGGGACAAGACUUCAGAUCACUGAGCUCAUGGAUUUUAUGGUUCGAGCAAGGAUUCUUACAGGAGAAAGCGUUGGAAAAAUUAUUGAUAUUCCUAGAUUGUUGAUAACUCCAUCAGACACCAGGUUGCCUUUUAAAAUGAGGAGGAGGCAACUGCCUCUUGCUCUGGCAUUUGCGAUGACAAUCAACAAAAGCCAAGGGCAAUCGCUUUCUCAAGUAUGUCUCUACCUACCUAGACCAGUCUUCUCACAUGGGCAGCUAUAUGUUGCUGUUUCUAGGGUGACUUCCAAAAAAGAUUUCAGUUGUUGA